AAUUGAUUGACCGUUUACGUAAGCUGCGAUUAUUAAUUAAGAUGUUUUGUUUUAAUGUAAUAAUAGUUGAACGACUAUAAAUUAAAUGAUAAAUGAAUAGCCCGAAAAAAAUAUAGUGCGAGUCAUGAAAAAGAAAUGCUGAUACUUGAUAGUAAUUUGUUUUCGUUCUUUUUUAUGGUGACGACGUGUUUGCGAAGAACUUUUCGCGUUUCUUCUUUUUUUACUAUUUCGUUAUCAGUUAACUUUCUUGUUUUUUAACAUCCUUAAAAUGUUUCGAGAUUUCUUUGCAAGACCUUGGAUAAAGAAGGAAGUAUUAAGUUAUCUAUUUGAUAAGGAAAAAUAUCAAAAAACACCCGUUAGAGCAAUUAGAGCACAAGUUAUACGAUUUAUAAAUUAUGAAGAAUUAGAACCAAAUGAGCUUAUGUCGGCAGAAAUUCAUGAUAAUCAAUAUUAUAUAAAAUGUUUUUUUACUGACGAAAGUCUUUAUGAAUUCAACAGACAUAGUAUUGAUUAUAUGGUGGGGACGCUUAUCAUUAUAAGAGAUUAUACAUUUUCUCACGAAAUCGAUUCUUCAAAAAACAAACACGAGUGUUUUUUAACAAUAAAAAAUUUCACUUACACUAAAAAUAUAACCGAUUUAGAAGAACAUUCUUUACAGAUAAAAUAUAUUUGCGAAGAAAUGGAAGUUAAAGAGACACCGAAGCAUAUUGACCAUCCUGGUUGGAACGGUUUUAGAUAUACGUUUUAUAGUAAUUCGGUUGAUAUUCGAACUGUUCCGCUGCAUCAAUAUAAACUCAUGAGUGAUAUUCCAGGAUGGAAUUUUUCACAGAGAAACCAUAGAAACAAUGAUUUAUGUGUUAAGAUUGAAUCAAAUGAAUGGAGUCCUGGUUCUCCUGAAUCACCACGACAUGAUUCAGAUGGGGCCAUUAGUCUUAAUGAAGAAGACAUUGCUAUUAUAAUGAAAGGAAAUUAUAAGGAAAGAGAAAAUUACCGAAGUGAUACUUUGGAUGAUGAAGAAGUCCAUUUUGAACGAACUAAAAGAAAAUAUGUAGAUAGCAAUAAUGACGAUAUAUCUUCAAAAAAACAUAAGAAUUCUCCAAGUACUUUCUGUAGUUACGUUUGAUAAAAACUAGUGAAUAAUUAUCAAGGUACCAGGUAUAGUACGAUUGACGUAUAGAUACUAGUUUAAUUGGGGAUAAGCUUUGAAUCAUCAUAACUCGUUUCAUUUAUCAAAAUAAAGAGAAUAAUACGUCGUCAAUUAAAUUUUUCCAAAAUUGUUUUUAU